CCCGGACUCAUCAAAACUCCGACUCCGAUUUCCCAACCAAAUUCUCAGGCUGGACAUGCCCGGCGAAGAGAUGGACCACCGCAAGGAGAGAAUGAAGAGCGACUGCAAGACGAUCCUGGAGAGCAUAAACGCAAUGUGCUUCGAGAACCUCAACGACGAACAGGUCCACGCGCUCGUCAUGAUGCGUGAGAUCGCCCGCGGCGUCCUCGACAAUCGACUCGCCAAGGUCUCCAGCAGCGACGUCAAGAAGGCUCUCUCCUCCAGCAUUGACAAGAUGGUGGAGUCGUGUAGGGAUGUGGUGAGCAUUUUGGGGAGGAUUUCGUGCGAGGGAUUAGGUGAGGAGGAGUUUCAGAAGCUGGGGAGGAUGAAGGAGAUUGCAAUGGGGAUCGUUUUGAAACGUUCCACGGCGGUAGCUGCCGUGGCCGGUGAAGCUGGUGAUCAGGGUGAUGGAGGCGAUGAUGAUGUAAGCGAGAAGGAUGUGUAUAGUGGAGGAGUAGAAGUUGAGGGGAGGAGUGAAGGUGAUCAGAAUGAGGUGCGGCAGGGGGUUGUGGAUGGGGAGAUACACAUGUGGAAUGGAUAUGUUCCGAUUAUUGAAGGGGCAGGAGAAGAGAGGAAGAUGGCGGAGGAAAACCGUGAAGUGGUUUCAAGGGAUGAAGGUGCUUGGAAUGUGGGGCGGGGGAGUUUGGUUGAGGGGACGGGGGAUGCUGGCCAUCAGGAGCAGACUAGGAGAGUAGAAGGGUUGAUGUUUGAAGAUGAUUGUCUCGUGGUGGUAUCGGAUUUUGAAACUCAAGAUGUGAAAAGUGAGCUGCAGAAGUCUUUGUCAGCUCAAACUCCUCAGGCAACUAUUUCAUGGCCUUCAGAUGACGUGAUAAACUUAGAGUGGGUUCAGUUCAUGAUGUUUACUAUUGAGCAGUGUUAUGGUGAGUCGCCACAGAGGUUUUGUGAUGUAAUUCCAGUUCCUUUGGUGGAUAAAUUAAUCGAUACAGCUUCAAGUAUCUUGUGCAAGGAGCCAAAUUGUGUCGAAGUUGAUUGCCAAGGACAGGAUUCAAGAGUUGUUGUAGUAGGCGACAUUUAUGGACAGUUCCAUGAUUUGUUGCGUCUCUUUGAGCAUGCUGGGUUGCCUUCUGACAACCAGUCAUAUGUUUUUAAUGGAAAUUAUGUUGACAAAGGUGCACAUGGCUUAGAUAUCUUUCUCGUCUUGCUGGCAUGGAAGGUCCUGAUGCCCAGUAGAGUAUAUCUACUCCGCGGAAACCAUGAAUCUAGAUAUUGCACAUCUCUGUAUGGUUUUGAAGAGGAGGUCAAGACUAAAUUUGGGCAUCAUGGUGAGUAUGUCUACAAUAAAUGCCUCAACUGCUUUAAAGAGCUUCCUCUCGCUUCAGUCAUAGUGAAUUCUGUAUAUACCACACAUGGAGGUCUUUUCCGGAGUGUUGCCUCUUUGAGAAAGUCUAAAAGAAAGAGGGAGGAAAGCCUUGAACUGGGUUCUUUAGAAGAUUUGUCUAAGGUUAAAAGAGCUCUUAUAGAUGCACCAGAUGUAGGUCCGGAUGUACUACUGACUGACGUACUAUGGUCGGAUCCAUCAAAGGAAGAUGGUCUGGUUGAAAAGACAUUUCGAGAACGAGGUCUUUGGUGGGGUCCUGACUGCACUGAGGCUUUUCUAAAGCAAUCUAACCUGAAGUUGAUCAUACGCUCACAUGAAGGUCCAGAUGUAAGGGAAACUCAGGACGAGUUUGGUGACAUGCUGAAUGGUUACAGUAUGGAUCAUGUAGGAGAGUCGGGGAAGCUAUACACUUUGUUUAGUGCUCCAGAUUACCCACAGUGUGGUGAAACGAGAUAUAAGAACGAAGGAGUUUAUGCUCUAUUGAAACCUCCUAAUUUUGAAAGUCCUUCAUUCCACUCAUUCAAGGAUGUAGAAAGGCGACAGGCUAAUGCCAAUGGUGACAAAGAUCCGGUCAUUGUGGAUAAACCAGACUCUUUAAUAGGGUCUUCGACUGGUGUCGGUUUGUCAUUAGCUUCUGGUAGUUCUGAGGUUGACUUCAAGGCAUUAGGCAUUUCUAACCCUCCCUCGUCAAGUGUUAUGGUGGGGGAUGGUGCAGGUGCCACCCAACUUGUUCAAGUACCGAAGGCUCCUAUGGUAGAAGGAUUGCCUCUACCUUUGGAGUUACAGGUGGUGGAUGUUUCAGGUUGCGAUUCCUCCUUUAGUAGCAGAGGUCUAAAUUGAUGGUUCUCAUGUAGGAGCCUCACAGGGCUGCUGACAAGUACUUCUUGGAGCUUAUUGCUGGCCUGAAGUAUAUGGUUUCAACAAUGCAGGGGGACUUUUGAGACCGGACCUUUGAAUCAACCCUGCAAAAGUGAGUUUGACAUCUAGAGGGGAUGCAUCAGGUUGAGGUCAAGUUGAAGCCAGGAAGUAGACAUGGCACGGUAUUCAAUAAAGAGAAUUUUUGUGUGGAAGAGCCUGUAUAUAUCCAGAUCUGAAAGGGAACUCACCAGAAAUUAAGUAGUAUUAAAUAUUGGUAUCAAAGCUUCGGAUAGGUUUCCCUAUAUCUCAAAAUGAGCUCCUCAGGUUCUGGCUAUCGGUUUCAAUUACUAAAACUGCAAUGCAUGGAUGAAGAGCAAGCAAGGCUUGCUGCUUCAAGGCCUAUCAUGUUCGAGUGGGUGAAUCAAGAAGCUAUUAGGGGUUGUGAGGCAGGCUGAGGGAGUUAUUGGUGCACAAGUGUUCAUAUGGUAUCAGUAUCCAAGCAGUUGCACCGAGCAUAACUCCUUUGUGAAUAUAUGACUGAAAUGGAAAUCGGUCAUGCUGGUUGAAGUCUCCUGCAACAACAUAAAAGAACUCGUUUAAUACUCUUCUGAUCCUAGUAAGCUUGAUUCCUCUACAUGUUGCAUGUAGCUCGACAUCAUUUCGUGUUGGUCAAAUGGCCUAUUAAACAAAUCGCUUACCAAAAUGAUCAUCUGCUUUUACCAGUCUUGACAACAUUUUGUUUCCAGGGUCAAAUGUGUUUGUUUAAACAAAUGCUUACCAUAUUGAUCUACAUCUACCAGACUUGCUAAUAGUAGCUGAUAUGUUUAAAGUUACAUUCAGUCAUAAUUGUCACCACUCCAGAUUCCUCUGUUGUAACUUUUAUCUGUUUUGUCAAUGUUCAAAGGAUUACUGA